GAGUCGUGCGCAGAAGCUGCCGGGGCAGCUGGGUGCGGAGCGCGCGCGCGGGGACUUUCGAGCGUCCGGCCCGGGAACCCACCAGCCAUGAGCCUCUGGGCGGACAAGUACCGGCCCUGCUCGCUGGCGCGGCUGGACUACCACAGGGAGCAGGCGGCCGGGUUGCGCAGCCUGGUACAGUGUGGUGACUUUCCUCAUUUGUUAGUGUAUGGUCCGUCAGGUGCUGGUAAAAAGACAAGAAUUAUGUGUAUUCUACGUGAACUUUAUGGUGUUGGAGUGGAAAAAUUGAGAAUUGAACAUCAGACCAUCACAACUCCAUCUAAAAAGAAAAUUGAAAUUAGCACUAUUGCAAGCAAUUACCACCUUGAAGUUAAUCCCAGUGAUGCUGGAAAUAGUGACCGGGUAGUAAUUCAGGAGAUGUUGAAAACAGUGGCACAAUCACAGCAACUUGAAACAAACUCUCAAAGAGACUUUAAAGUGGUUUUGUUGACAGAGGUUGACAAACUCACCAGAGAUGCUCAACAUGCCUUGCGUAGAACCAUGGAAAAGUAUAUGUCUACCUGCAGAUUGAUCUUGUGUUGCAAUUCUACAUCUAAAGUGAUACCACCUAUUCGUAGUCGAUGUCUGGCAAUUCGUGUUCCUGCUCCCAGCAUUGAGGAUAUUUGCCAUGUUUUAUCUACUGUGUGCAAGAAGGAAGGUCUGAAUCUCCCUUCACAGCUGGCUCGUAGACUUGCAGAGAAGUCCUGCCGAAAUCUCAGAAAAGCCCUACUCAUGUGUGAAGCCUGCCGAGUUCAACAAUAUCCUUUUACCGAAGAUCAAGAAGUCCCUGAAACAGAUUGGGAGGUGUAUCUGAGGGAGACUGCCAAUGCUAUUGUCAGUCAGCAGACUCCACAAAGGCUCCUUGAAGUUCGUGGAAGACUCUAUGAGCUUUUAACUCAUUGUAUUCCUCCUGAAAUAAUAAUGAAGGGCCUUCUCUCAGAACUUUUACAUAAUUGUGAUGGACAACUGAAAGGAGAAGUGGCCCAGAUGGCAGCUUACUAUGAACAUCGCCUGCAGCUGGGUAGUAAAUCCAUUUAUCACUUGGAAGCAUUUGUGGCCAAAUUUAUGGCACUUUAUAAGAAGUUCAUGGAAGAUGGAUUGGAAGGCAUGAUGUUCUGACAUUUACCAGUAAUUCUUCUUUAUAUGUCUCACUAUCAGCAUUUACGUUCAGUUUAUAUUGCAGGAGCUGCAGGUAAAAUAAACUAACUUUACUUAAUCAUGUCCUUUAUUAAUUCCUCUGUGAACCAUUAAUCAUUACUCUCUAAGUUAAAUAAUUAUUCCUAUACUAUUGAAGUAUAUUUAAAGGACACAAUUAGAAAUUUCAGAGUCCAUGAUUUUAUUUUAAAAAUUUGCUAUCCAAGUAUGCAAUGUUGAUCCUCCCAUUUUCCAGUUAAUCUCUCACCUGCUGAAGGAAAUUUGCACACAGAAAAACAAAGAUUAGCGCUAAUCUUUGGGCUCAGUGGAUAGAGCAUCUGACUGCCGACUGAAGGGUCUUAGGUUCUGUUCUGGUUAAGGUCACAUAUCUCUGUUGCAAGCUCUACCCCUGGCCCCCUUUGAGUGUGUGCAGGCGUUAACCAAUCGAUGUGUCUCUCUCACAUUGAUAUUUCUGUGUCUCUUCCCCUCCCUUCCACUCUCUCUAAAAAUCAAUGGAAAAAUAUCCUCAGGUGAGGAUUAACAAAAAUAAAAAAAUUAAUAAAUAAAGCAGAGAUUAUUUUCUAUCCUCCAGUUGAGUAUUUUUGGACACAGGUACAUAACUAUUUGGUAAGUCAUUACCUUUAGUCAUAUUUUCCUCAACCAAGAAUUACAUAUAUAUUUUUAAAAUAUAUUUUUAUUGAUUUUUUUACAGAAAGGGAGUGAGAGGGAUAGAGAGAAACAUCAGUGAAAGAGAAACAUCGAUCAGCUGCCUCCUGCACACCAACCAAGGUACAUGCCCUUGACCGGAAUUGAACCCGGGACCCUUGAGUCCGUAGGCUGACGCUCUACCCACUGAGCCAAACCGGUUAGGGCAAGAAUUAUAUUUUUGCAGAAAAUAAAAGAAUUAAUUUUGAAACACAACUAACAUGGGUGUGGAAAAUAUUGAGACUGCAAAAUCCAACCUUCAUUUCAGUGAUUCAGAUUUGGUAUUAGGUUGACUAGUAAGUAAUAAGCAUGUUUUCAUUAAGUGUUUGAGACUUGAAGAAUAUAGUUCUUCAAGUAGUUCUGAAGGAAAGGUAUAUUACUGUAGAAGUUACUUUUUAAACAAGUGUAUAUUGUGUCAUUGGUCUUGUCCUUUGGAACCUUUUUUUAUUUGUUUGUUUCCAAGUAAUUUUAUUCAGAAUUUUGUUUCCUGAAUCAAUAAAUACCAUACAAAACAAUA